UCAACGAAUAUGCCAUCCGCACGCACCGAGUCCGCUUUGCCGCUUUGGCAGUUACGCGCAGAUUCACACGUGGCCUUACCAUCAAUCAGACGUGUCAUCGCUCUCUCGAAUCCCACUAUCACAGCGUAUUCGCAUUGCCAAGCCCAACUUCCUCUUCUUUUCUUCGACUUCUCCUUCUUUCAUUCGAGUCUGCGGAACUGCUGCAUCAAUGGAGUCCUGGGCGCUGAGGACGAAGAACUUCGUCUACAGAGAGCAUGAAAACUACAGUAGAAUUAGCGGCUUGUUUAAUUGGUGGGACAAUAUGGAAGAAUCCGGGGAUCUGCAACGAGUCAUUUUCUAUUUCUUGUGUGCGUGUUAUGCAUUACUCUCCUUUGUGGCACUGGUACAACUUAUCCGUAUCCAAUUGCGAGUGCCAGAAUAUGGGUGGACAACGCAAAAGGUUUUCCACUUGAUGAAUUUUCUUGUAAAUGGAUUGAGGGCUGUUCUCUUUGGCCUCUACAAGAGUGUCUUUCAUAUCAAGCCAAAGGUUCUUGAAAUAGUGCUUUUGGAUCUUCCUGGUCUUUUGUUCUUUUCGACCUAUACAUUACUUGUGCUGUUCUGGGCUGAGAUAUACCACCAGGCACGAAGCCUUCCCACUGAUAAACUUAGGCCUACAUAUUAUAUUGUCAAUGGAGUUGUAUACUUCAUACAGGUUUGUAUCUGGAUAUAUAUGAGCUCAAGCCAGAGUCCCAUAGCUGUGGAAGCUGCCAGACUCUUCUUCGCAGUUAUUUCAUUGUGUGCUGCUCUGGGAUUUUUGGUAUAUGGUGGGAGGUUGUUUGUAAUGCUGAGACGUUUCCCUAUAGAAUCUAGAGGUCGUCAGAAAAAGCUUUAUGAGGUUGGCUGUGUUACUGGAGUAUGCUGUACAUGUUUCUUGAUAAGGUGCUUUAUGGCUGCUUUAUCAGCUUUUGACAAGGAUGCUGAUAUUGAUGUCCUGGAUCAUCCCAUUUUAAAUCUCAUAUAUUACAUGUUGGUAGAGAUCUUACCAUCUGCUUUGGUACUGUUCACCCUAAGGAAGCUACCCCCAAGGCGUGUCUCGGAUCAGUAUCAUCCAAUCAGAUGAAAGAUUUGACUGCUUUAACUUGCAUCAUUCAAGAAUCUUCUUUGCGAGGAAACAGAAAAGAAGCCAAAACUGGAAGAGAGAAUUCAUCAUCUAAGAAGGGGGAUGUGUGGAAAAUUAUAGAAUUUGUUUUUAAAUUUCUGGUUAGUUUCAUAUGCUGUCAUUUUCCAGUCUCCUUGUGUGUAUGUAGUUUGGAAUCAAUAAAAUGCCAGUUCUAUUCAAGCGGCUGAAGGCGGUAGAGAGAUCAAAUGCAAGAGCAAAGGGUGGAAACAAGUGCAGCCAAGCCAAGUCCGGCUCUCUUCAAGAUGUCAAGAUUGGAUUCAGGAAUAAAAGGAUUUCAAGUUCUGAGUUUUUGUUGAGCUUCAAAUUGGCUUCUUGAACACUAGCCACUUAUCCAGUUGUUGACAAGUUUGCUCUUGAACUCAUUCACAAACCACAUGACCUUGUGGUUGUGGAUGAGUUUUUUAUGCUAACACUGACAAGUUUCUUUGCAAACUCUUAACAAAGUUAAUGAAUUCAUUUGAGAAAUUCAUGAAAUUCA